AUGAACGCCUUCCGUCUCUUUAUCGAGGACGGCCAGUUUCGAGAUCCGCACGGCCGUCAAGUCGUCCUUCGCGGAAUCAAUGUCGCUGGCGACGCCAAGCUGCCCAGCGACCCGGACCAGCCCUCACAGAACCCCGAUGCCUUCUUCGACGGCGACAACGUCAAUUUCCAUGCCCGCCCUUUUACACAGCAAGAUGCGCAUGUCCACUUUGCACGCGUAAAGCGCUAUGGCUUCAAUACGAUCCGUUACGUCUUCACCUGGGAGGCGAUCGAGGCUGCGGGGCCGGGGAAGUACGACGAGGAAUACAUACAGCACACCAUUGAGAUUCUGCGCAUUGCGAAGCGAUAUGGUUUCUUUGUUUUCAUGGACCCGCACCAGGACGUGUGGUCGCGGUUCACGGGAGGAUCAGGCGCGCCCAUGUGGACAGUCUACGCGUGUGGACUGAACCCUCAAAGCUUCGCCGCCACAGAGGCUGCAAUCGUCCAUAACACAUACCCGGACCCGGCAAAAUUUCCCAAGAUGAUCUGGUCUACCAAUUAUUACCGGUUGGCAGCGGCCACGAUAUUUACCUUCUUCUUUGCCGGGCGUGACUUUGCGCCCAAGUGCAUCAUAGACGGUGUCAACAUCCAGGACUACUUGCAGGAUCAUUUCGUCAAGGCAUGCGGACACCUGGCCCAGAGGAUAAACGAGGCUGGUGAUCUAGAGAACGAAGUCGUCAUGGGCUGGGAGAGUAUGAACGAACCCAAUCGUGGGCUGACGGGGUACGUCGACCUGAGCCAGAUCCCAAAAGAGCAGAACCUGAAGAAGGGGACCUGCCCGACCAUCUGGCAGACUAUCUUGAACGGCAGCGGGCGGGCUUGCGAGAUUGACGAGUACGAAAUGGGCGGCCUGGGGCCAUACAAAACCGGGUCGCGACUUGUGGACCCUCAUGGCGAGAUUGCAUGGUUGCCUGUAGAAUACGACGACACAAAGUACGGAUGGAAGCGUGAUCCGGGGUGGAAGUUCGGCGAGUGUAUCUGGGCGCAGCAUGGCGUGUGGGACCCAACCACCGACACCUUGCUGAAGAAGGACUAUUUCAAGAAGAACCCACGCACUGGGAAAGAGAUUGACUAUCCCGAGUUCACCAACACCUAUUUCAUGGACUUUUGGAGAAGGUUCAAGGAUUCGUGCCGGAGUGCGCACAAGGACUGUAUCAUGCUGAUGCAAUACCCAACCCUCGAGAUCCCGCCUAACAUCAAAGGCACUCCUGAUGACGACCCUCGCCUGGUCUUUACACCGCAUUAUUACGAUGGCAUCACACUCAUGACGAAGCAUUGGAAUAGCACCUGGAAUGUCGACGUGGUGGGAGUGUUGCGUGGGAAAUAUUGGCACCCUGCAUUUGCCAUCAAAGUGGGCGAGACAGCAAUCCGGAACUGCUUGAGGGAUCAGCUCAAAUUUUUGAGCGACGAAGGCAAGGAACAGACGGGCAAUCACCCCUGCAUCUUGUCAGAAUUCGGUAUUCCCUAUGACAUGGACGACAAAAAGGCAUAUCAAACCGGCGACUACUCGAGUCAAUCGGCAGCUCUCGAUGCCAACUACUUUGCCGUCGAGGGUGCCAAGCUAGAGGGACACUGUCUGUGGCUGUACACGGUCAACAACGACCACCAGUGGGGCGACCAGUGGAAUGGCGAGGACUUGUCAAUCAACUCUGUCGACGACCGGCUGCCGCCAUCCUCAGCGGUCCCCAGGAACCAGUCGAUCGACGCGUCCAAACCCACGGACAGCGCGAACGACGUGGCCGAAGAUGACAACGUGACGCCGGCGAACCUGCAAAGGACAUUGACAAGUCCGUCUAUCAGCUCAGUGCCCUCCGGCAAGGACCCACAACUGACGAAUGCCCCAGGUCUACGUGCAGCUGAGGCAUUCAUCCGCCCGACGCCCACUUUCGUCGCGGGCACUGCCGUCGAGUAUGGCUUCGACCUCCGCAACUGCACUUUCACCCUGCAGGUGUCAUCGCAAAGCGCAGCCGGCGACGCCAACCCCACAAUCAUCUACCUUCCUGAGUUCCACUUUCCCCGGGACAUUAGCGAUGUCGACGCGUCCGGGGGCAAGUGGGAGAUGAGCUCGGACGAGGAUGAAGGGACGUCGCUGCAGAGGCUCAAGUGGUGGAAUCCGCAAGGAAAGCAUGAGCUCAGAAUCACAGGCCUGGCGAGGAAGCACAAUGUGCCCCCUGGAACGGAGGAGGAGGAGGGAUACCUGGAACAGUGCCGCGAGGGCUACAGCUCGAGUUGCAGCGUCAUGUGA